UUCAUGCAGCAAAGACUGAAGUUCCACGCGUUGCAUCAGAGCAGACAGGAACCGACCCGAUUUGAGCGCCGCCUCUUUAAUCUGGAGACGCACAGCAGUUUCAGACUUUGAUUCCUUAAACACCAAGAAGCAGCUCCAGGACUGAUCUUCUUCUGAAGUUUCUCCAAAUAUCAGAGACCUUGAAGGAAGCGACUGAAGCAAAGAGCUUGAAAAAGGUCAAAGAUGGAAAGUGCUGCUCUGCUGUCAGUCCUGGUCCUGGUUCCACAGCUGGUGGGCGGUCUUCCUGGGGUUCCUCCUGUGGACUGCAGUGAUAUCUACGACCAGGACAACAGCAGAGCCAGUGGAGUUCACACCGUCUAUCCCAUAGAAGACACAUAUGGGGUCCAGGUGUACUGCGACAUGGAUUCCCUCGGAGGACAGUGGAUGGUCUUCCAGAGGAGGAUGGACGGUUCUCUGAACUUCCACAGACCCUGGGAUUAUUACAGGACGGGCUUUGGUUCUGCUGAUGGAGAGAUCUGGUUGGGUCUGGAGAAUCUCUUCCAGCUCUGUUUGAGGAAAAAAUAUGAGCUGCUGGUCGACAUGGAGGACUUUGAAGGAAACAAGGCGUACGCUCGCUACUCCUCCUUCUCCAUUGGUCCAGAGGAUGAAGGAUACAAACUGGAGGUGACGGGAUUCACUGAUGGAGGAGCAGGAGACUCUCUGAGCUACCACAGUGGAAUGAAGUUCUCCACCUUUGACAAAGACCAG